GAAAGAGCUUUAUAAAUGACGGUCAUACAGAUUCACCUCUAGCUCCAUUUAGUUUAACCUGCCAAGACUAUAACACUGGCCGUUCCUACAGCUGCACAGUGAGAAUUAAAAGUGUUAGUCUGUCAGUUACUGCAGAAGCUGCAAAAACAACCUAAUACUGUGACUAAACCUUUGUGCUAGGAUCAAGCAGCAAUAUUGCAGUUGGAAGGAGUACGUCAGACCUUCCCUUAAACAAGUUACAAAUGGAUCUUUAAAGAAAGGUUGAGAUGUGAUAUCUUAGUAAUAGAGAAAGGAGAAAAAUACGGUUACCUACUGUAGACAUCUAGCGGUCCAUGUGCCUGAGUUUUCUAUGAUAGGUCACCUCCCAGUCUCCACCCUGAAACGCCUGUUGAUUGCAGAUGCAUCAUCGCAUGGAAAGUGAUAAAAUGGAGAGUGAAAAAGAACCAGCCAAUCAGGUCCUAACUGCCAAGUCGCAGUGGUUUGUGUGUGCACAGAAGAAAAGACUGAGAAAAUAUGAACUUGAAUGAAAAGCGAUGGAUUGAGCACUAUCUGGAGGAAAUGCUACUUGUAACCUCCCAAAACCUGCCCAUGAUCAAGGUAGAAGAUAACUACACCAUUGUCAAAGAGCUGGGCAGUGGCUCAUAUGGGCAUGUCCUACUGGCACUGAACCAGUCUAAAGGAAAUCUAAUGGCUCUGAAAUUCAUGCAGAAAGAUAACACAGAUCUUCGAUGCUUCCUCAUCGAGUAUUGUGUUUCACUCAGUCUUUCAAUGCAUCCAUGCAUUAUCGAUACCUUUGGAAUUGCUUUUCAGACCGAUAGACAUUACGUGUUUGCCCAAGAGAUAGCAUGUGAUAACCUUUUCUCUCUAAUGAAGCCGCAGGCUGGUCUGCCAGAACUCUCUGUUAAACGUUGUGCUAUACAACUUUCCAGUGCUUUGGAGUACAUGCACAUGAAAGGCCUAGUACAUCGCGAUAUAAAGCCUGAAAAUAUUCUCAUCUUUGACCAAGAAUGCCGCAAUAUUAAACUGACGGACUUCGGACUCUCCUGCACAAAUGGAACAUCUGUGGAAUCGAUGCCAGAGAAUCUGCCUUACACAGCCCCGGAGAUGUGCAGUCUUGGAGUAGCAGAUAAGCUAGUCGUGCAGGAAAGCUUAGAUACCUGGGCAUUUGGGGUGCUUCUGUUUUGCCUAUUGACAGGAUAUUUCCCAUGGACCUCUGCAGUUUCAUCUGAUAAAAAUUAUGUUUAUUACACCAAAUGGCAUAGAAGUAAUAGAAUAUUUCAGAUUCCUAAUCAGUGGAAGGUAUUUACCAAAGACGCUCUAGAAAUGUUGCCAAAAUUUAUUGCCCCAGUCCCAGCUAAGAGGUGUUCUUCCUCCGAAGUCAUGAAAUAUCUCAAAUCUCCCUGGAAAGUUAACUCAAAUGAUGGGGUCUUCAAAAAUAAAAAUAUUAUUUUGAGAUAGGCACAACAAAGUAUUUACUUAAAAAACAAAAGUAAUCAAUAGCAAGAGCCAAGUAGAUAACUGCACUGUACUCAGUACUGUACAUAAAAUCUACGCUUCUAAGCAAUUACAACUAGGCCACUGAAUCAUAGUAGAAAGACAAAAUCUAGUAGCAUAAGUAGACACACAUGUAAUAUUCCAACCAGUAUAAAUCCCACAUAUACCUUAUAGGUAACCCAAAAAAGGUGGGGCUGCCGCGUUCAUGUGCGCAUCUUGUGCUGGCCUUGCUUCUGCGACUAUAUGCAAAUGGAGCUACAGUACAAGCUCUUCCCUAGCGUAUGUGUCUGAAUGUGUAAGCACCAAGACACCCACUUUAAUCAUCUUUAGAUGCAACUAUCAGAAGCAGCAGGCCCAUGCUAGACGCAGAUUGUCCAUCAGAGUAUGGCCUCUGAUGUGAAUGAGGUUCGCAACCACUACCGCGAGACGCUUGCAACACUCCCGUAAGACUCACAAUGCUACGGCAAAACCAGUACACCUUCACCCAAGCUUAUAAUAUACCACAGAAUCUAGAUCUACUCUUAACGCAAAACUUUCCUUUUGGGGAAGUGUUUUUUUCCUGGAUUUUGAAAAGAACCAUGUGUUCUCUUACUCAACCCACAUUUAUACUAAUUUAUCAGAUCAGUUGGAUUAUUUAAAGAGGUUUCUUUAAGGUACAGUAUAUCUUGCUUAUGCAUUUAUUUGAACAUGUUGCUAUAAUUGCUAUUAAGGGUGCACACAUGAUUUGCAUUGCUAUAUUUUAAUCAUGGUAUGAUAUUGUGAAAACAAAUCUAUACAUCUUUUGUUUUCGUUGGGCGAUACAUUUAGCACUUACGAAUUAUACAGCCCCCUACUGAACUGAACCCACCCACCUGUCAUUUUUGCUACUCCUGUGUUCGGUGCCACCUGGUAGCAGGUCUGUCCUCCACCCAUGUGGUCAGCCCCCAUUCCCACAAUCACAGUUUUUCGGGCCAAGAUUUAGUAACAUUUUGUACACAUUUAUUUAGGCAUCACUGCCAUGAAGUCUUUCAUGUUGUUUUUUUUUUUUUUAAGUUUUCAGUUACAGCUCAACUGAACUCAAAAAGUUACGAUAUAAAUAUAAGAAUUAGACCAAUGGCAUCUAUACUAUAAAAUGACAGCAUAACGCUAAAUCUCUCCAUGAAGAAGAAUUGUUCUCCAAAUACAGAAGGUAGAAACAAAUUCCAAUUCAGUAAAAAGCAGAGCUUGAUACAUAUAUUAUUAUUACCAGUUAUUUAUAUAGCACACACAUAUUCCGCAGCGCUUUACCAAGAAUAUUUAUCCAUUCACAUCAGUCCCUGCCCCAGUGGAGCUUACGAUCUAUGGGCCUAAUUCAGAGUUGAUCGCAGCAGCAAAUUUGUUAGCAGCAUAACCAUGUGCACUGCAGGGGGGGUGGGGGGGGUGGCAGAUUUAACAUGUGCAGGUAGACUUGGAUUUGGGUGGGGUGCGUUCAGACUUAAAUCUAAAUUGCAAUGUAAAAAUAAAGCAGCCAGUAUUUACCCUGCACGGAAAAAAUAUAAACCACCCGAAUCUGACUCACUCUGCACAUAUUAUGUCUGCCUCCCCCCCCUGCAGUGCACUUGGUUUUGCCCAACCGCUAACAAAUUUGCUGCUGCGAUCAACUCUGAAUUACCCCCUAUAUUCCCUACCACACGUACAUGCACACACAUAGACAUUAGGGUUAACCUACCAGUAUAUUUUUUGAUUGUGGGAGGGAACCGGAGUACCCGGAGGAAAUCCACGCAAGUACGGGAAGAAUAUACAAACUCCACACAGUUAGAGCCAUGGGAUUGAACCCAUGACCUCACUGCUGUGAGGCAGUAAUGCUAACCAUUAUACCAUCAGUACUGCCCAAUAUACUGAGGUUAGAGAGAGAAGAGUGUGUACAAAAAGAAGGUCUAUAGCGCACACUGUAAUUGGCAGGUAUGAGUUUUGCAUCUCGACUUAACUGAUGCGCUGUCAUCGAUUGCUGAAUGGGUUAGUAAUUUGUCACCCACUUUGGCAGAAUCUUGACCUUAAUGCUUCCUUUUUAACCUCAACAACAGGUGAUUCAGGAGCUACAUUUUCUACAAGUUAUGUAUUUUGUUAUACAUUGCCACACAGUGUCAGAGAUCGCUUCACAUCUCUAAGAGAAAUACAGUAAAGAAUAGCUAGUCUCAUUACUGAUGUACAUGACUCUACCGUAAAUCUGCCACAACUUACCUGUCACCAGUAGGACACUAUGAGGCAGGUGUAUUGUGUGAAAAGUGUGGAGAGCUGGACUAGUGUAGGAGUUGUCCCUAGCAACCAACCAGUUUUGAAGUUAGCAUUCAUUAAGUACAUUAUACAGAAAUUAGAGGUAGACCAUGAUUGGUUGCUAUAGGAAACUUCUACACUCCUGCUUCAUACAGUACAUCUCCCCCUAUAGUCUUCUGAAGCAACAGCUAAAAAAACACCCAAAAAAACUUAUUUGUAUUUUUUAUUGUCAGAUCUUUAUCGUUUGUAGUACUGUAUGUUUAUUUUUGGCCAGAGGAGAUACUUAAGAAUGUGAUAUAAAUGGUAUGUAAUGCAAUUGUAUGAUUUAUGCCACAGUCACUUUCAUGUAAUGUAUUUUUAACAUGAGUACAGAGGUGUGACUAUUGGAGAAGUUUUGUUACAUUAUGAAUUUACUUUUCCAUGCUUUAUACAAAUACCUAUAUGAUCUCAUAUCUCAUAUAUAUGUUUAUCUGUACAGGUGCAACAUGUGAGAGUGUCAGGAGAGUGGGGCAACCAGUUAGGAUGAGGGGUCUGGAACGCUGAUAAUUAUAGGAAGGAAAUAUAAUGAUAUAAUAACAAAAUCAACACAUUGUUACCCGCUAUUAUCGGAUAUUUAUCCUCUUCAAUCUGUAAGGUACAGAGCAGCUCGGGUGUGGUAUGGAAGGUAGAUAGUAACUAGGUCGACAGUGUCUAGGUCAACCACUAUUGAUCGACAGUAACUAGGUCGACAGGGUCUCACUCAAGGUCGACACGUUCUAGGUCGACAGGUCAAAAGGUGGACAUGGGUUUUUUAUGGGGGUUUUGUGUCGUUUUCUUCGUACAGUGACCGGGAACCCCAAUUUGUGCACUGUGUCCCCUCGCAUGCUUCGGGAAAGGUUACCGUUCCCAAUUAUAGUCCACGUGGAACAUUAAGUAUGAAAAGGUUAAAAAAAGGAAAAAUAUUGUGAAAAACUCAUGUCGACCUUUUCACCUGUCGACCUAGAAUAUGUCGACAUAGAUACCCUGUCGACCAAUAGUGGUCGACCUAGAUAGUGCCGACCUAGAUAGUGCCGACUUAGUUACUGUCGACCUAGAGACCGGAUCCCAAGCAGCUCCUAUAUUAAGAUAUGUUGUACAGUAAAUGUAAUGUGAUUGACGUAAUGUAAUGCAAUGUACUAUAAUGUAUGAUUCCAGCUAAUUAGAUAGUCUGAAUAUAUCAGGUUUUAUUUUUUUAUUAUAAUAAAUUUGUUACUAUUUUUAA